AUAUAUACUGCCCGUCAGAUUUCAAUUUAUUUAUUUUAUUGCUUAUUGCGAAUGGUCGAAGGAGAAAGAUUUGUCUGGCUCCUGAAUUUUAUUUCAAUUACUUUAUUCCUGAAAAGGACGCUUUGGAAACUAACUUGUGUUUGUGCAGUGGGAUGCAUAACGAGAUGAUGCUUCACCGGCAAGUCGACAACAACAACAACAAAAGGGCCAUGGAGAACAAAAAAAGCAUGGACGGAGGGGCCGCCAUGAAAGCUGUUACUGCCUAUCUCUCCAUAAACCCACAGUGUAAAAAAGCCAUGCAGGAAUACCUGUGUACAGGACAAAUUAACGAGAAUUCCGUGCGGUACGAAAAUAUCCGGGAAUAUUUGACCAUCUGCAGCUCGAUUCCGAACCUCCGCGAUCUAAGAGAUAUUUGCGUGAAGAAACUCGUCCAUAACUUGGACAAAAGAAACAUGUUUGAGAUUUUUGACUUGGCCGAUGAGUUUGACUUGGCAGAGGUUUCCUGUAAAUGUGCGAACGAGAUAGUGGAAAGCAUAGAGCGCGCUAUCUUGUUUCCGAAAUUUUUGUCGCUUUCGAAUUCGCAGAUGGAAUCCCUUGUGAGCAGCCCAAUGUGUAAAAACAAACUGUGUCUUCGCGACGCUUUGUAUCAGUGGUGGCAGUGUGAUGCUGAAAAACGCAGCCAGGUCUAUAAUGAUCUGAAACACCAAGUUGACAGUAAUUUGUUCCCAGUUCAGAAACGACAGAGUGAAGACAGGUCGUACCUGGUGACAUUUUCUCUGAAUCAGACGGUCAAGAAUCAUUACUGCCCGGGCGGGAAAGUUUUGGAUGUGCAGCUCGGAAAAGAAUACAGCGCUAGUAUGAAGAAACACUUGGAAAUGGACCCUGGAUUCGCCGUGUGCUGUCUCCAAAGGGACGUCUCGGAGCCUCCGUACAUCUUCCUGUCCGGCGGCUGGCAGAAAUCGUCCAGGAAGAUGAUCGAGUAUGACGUCAUCAUGAACAAAUGGAGGGUCUGCAGCAACAUGAAAAACCCGCGAUGCUUUCAUACAAUGGAGGCCGCUAAUGACAAAGUCUACGUUUUUGGAGGAACAAACGGAAGUAAAAACGUUUCCCAAAUCGGCGAGUUUGACCGCAAGAAAAAUUCCUGGACGGUCGUUGGGAAGCUGAAAUGGAACGUCCAUUCCAUCAUAUCAGCUGUCCACGGAGACAUAGUUUAUCUUUUUGGCGGGGAGCAGGAAAAUGGCGACAGCGUGUCCGUUAUCCAAGUGUUUGAUCCCAAAACAAAAACCGUGGACAUCGUUGGGUAUCUCCCGGUGGAGUGUUCCGGGGGUCGGUGCGUCGUUGUCGGAACUUCCAUCUACAUUCUGACCGAACAGGGACACUGUAUCAAAUACUGUGUCGACAAAAACGAGAGUGCCAUGAUGGCGAGUCAGCCUGAACGCCGCCGAAAAUUUGGCGCCUUCCUGCAAGGGAGCGAAAUCUGUCUGACCGGGGGCGUUGACUCGCAGAAAAACUCCCCAAAUAACAACUUCCGGUAUUCUAUAGUCGGGAGCACGUGGUCUGAUGCUCCCAUCACAGGCAAUAAAAGCCAGAGCGUGUGUGGACAGUGUCUUGUAAAGAUUCCUCGCGACAUUCAGUACAUUCCGUUUAAUUAACUUGCCGAUUUAUCGUGUUCUUUUAUUUUCAAAGCAAUGCAAAAUGUAUGGGAUUGGUGCAAAUAGACAUAUGUUCAAAAACGUUAUGUAUUUUUAUUGAUUUUAUGCAUUUAUUUUUUAUUCCACAAUGUUUAUUGCUACAAAUGUUCCUCGAGUGUUCAUCACAUUUGUUGAAGGCAUGCAUAAUAUGCGUUUUCUUUGUUUAUACCCAAUGCAUGCACAGUUUUAAACUGUCACUUUGUGCAUUUAUGAAUUGUUGUUUUGUAUAUUUACAAUAAAUUAAAUGGAAAAAAAAUUACAGCUUUGUU